CACAUGUUACAUGUAUAUAGUUUUUUUCUUAAAACAUUGACCAUAUCUUCAUAUGCUGCAAAACUGCGUUCAUAAGAUAAAAUAAUUAUAAGUUAAGAGAUAGUGAUAUGUGUGUUGAGUUUGAUCCACCGAACACACACGCACCUCACCUCCCACUAGAAGCCAAUUAACCAAAAGUUGAGAAAAUAAGACUUAAGUGGAAACAUUGAAAAAAAACAAAAGGCAGAUUAUAUAUAAAAGUGGAUGCAACACGCUAUGUUUGUACAAUACCCAUUUCUUUGAUUCUCACAUAUGUUUUUUUUUUUGACAAACUCUCACAUAUGUUUUGCUUCAAAGCUUUGCCCACUUUCUUCUUACUCAAUGAUUCUUUAGGAGGAGAGGUAACAUUGCUUAUGCUUUAAAGUUGGUGAGACAUACUACGGAAGAGGAGCAAUCAUCCAGAAGGUAUUGUAUUGAUUAGGAAUCCCUCUCGUGUGAAUAUCGAAGUUGCUCCGGUUCUACAACGAGCAAAGCAAGGUGAACGAUGGAGGGUGAUACUCCUGGCGAUACUAAAAAGAAUGAACAUCAUCAGUUGAUGAAUGUGAACAAUGACGUGAGUCCUUCAAGCCUAAACAGCUCACCAAAGUCGAGAAACUUGUUACGAAAGAAAGAUGGACGAUGCUUGGCGGUUUUGAGCAGCGGCAAGUGUUUACAGAUAUUUAAAAACAGCCCCAAAGUAUCAUGUAGUCACGAGUUCUCUACUUCUUCUCCAAGUCAUUUCUUGAGGAAACCAGGAGCAGACUCUAAUGCUGCUGAUCAGUCUAGGAAGGUAAUCUCUUUACCUAGCAACAACACCUUCUCGUCUCCAUCUAGAGACGUUUCUCAAGGAACCCUUCAGUUCACUAUGAGAGCCAAUGGAAUGCCUCGUUUUGUUUUCAAAUUGGACAAUCAAAAAGAUGUUUAUGUAGCAAGCUUAAGCAGCAAGGAUGAAGACCAAAGUGGUUUAGAGUAUUCGUAUAUGAUUCAUCUGCAAAGAAGAGAAUCAUCAUCAUCAUCGCUUCUAGUUGGUAGAAUUAAGGUGUCAACCUUGUCCUCAGGUUCAUUGUUGAAUGAGAGAUUCAUAGAGAGAAAGUUUGUUUUGUUCAGCAACAAUUGUGAGCAUUCACAGACACCGUGUAAGAAGAAAAAUAGAGGAUUGUGUGAAAAAGUAGUCGGUGUGAUGAAGAACAACAAUGAGCAGAUGCAACAACCAAACUUUGAUCACGAGCAGGUGAAUCUACUGGAAAACAACCUUCCACCCAAUCUUGAAAUGUUAGCUAUUAUUGUGAAACAAGAGUUUCUUGAAGAAGAAGAAGAAGAAGAAGAAGAAGAAACCGGAGGUUGGGGAUUGAAGUUCUUGAGGAAAUCUACGUUGGUUCGAAAUGAAAGUGGAAGUUCAAGAUCUAAGACAAGUGUUGAUGUUGUGGUUCCAUCAGGGAUUCAUGGAGGGCCAUGUUCGAGUUUGAUAGAGAGGUGGAAAUCUCAAGGAAACUGUGACUGUGGAGGAUGGGACUUGGGUUGUUCCUUAACCCUUCUUAAUGGCCAACUACAAAAUAAUAAUCUCUUGGAGCUAUUCAUAGAGGGAUCAAAACAUGAUACGACUGUACUAAGGAUGGAGCAGCUUCCACGAGGACGCUACUUUGUCCAAUACCAAACAUGGCUAUCUGCUUUGCAAUCUAUCUCGGUUGCUUUAGCAUUCAUACAUAGCCACAGGGCCAUAAACUACUACGACCAAUGAAUCUAUAAUCAUCAUUAGUGUUUUAUAAUUAUUUUCAGCUUUUAGCAAAUAUUUUAAGACAAAAGUAGAAACCAUUGAUAAAUGUCUAGAUAACCAAAAAACAUUUGAAUGUCGUA